AUGGUGAUAUUAGCAGUGUUGCUAGCAGCGCUGCUUCCUCCUGCAGUGUGCCGGGUGCGUCCUCUUAAAUGUGCCUUCAGUGAGCCCAUCCCUAUUCCUCACAAAUAUUAUCAACCAGGUGAUUUCAUCAUCGGAGGCAUUGCUUCUCAAAUGAUCCUGCUUUCUGAAGAGAAAACUUUCAAAAAAGACCCCAUUCAGCAACAGAAUCGAGAACCUGUCUUUCUGACUAAACAUUACCAGCAUGUCUUGGCCUUGGCCUUUGCAGUAAAGGAGAUCAAUGAAAACCGCCAGAUCUUACCCAAUGUCACCCUGGGCUUCCACAUCUAUGACAGCUAUUUCAGUGCAAUGUGGACCUGUCAUGCAACCACUGAGUUUCUUUCCACACUGAACAGAUUUAAGCCCAACUACAAAUGUGACACUCAGAGUAAUCUGGUCGCUGUCGUUGGGGACUUAGCUCUGAAACUUCUCUACACAUUGCAAGCAUCCUGCAGAUCUACAAGAUUUCACAGGUGGAUCUGGAUUAGCAUCCUUGCUGUGGAUGAUGAUGAUGGAGAAAGAUUUUUGCAAAUUGCACUGCCAUUAUUUUUACAGAAGGGCAUUUGUUUUGACUUCAUCGACAGACUCCCUAGGUUCACUUUUAUCUCUGAAGCUUUGAAUACAGCAGACUUGCUUCAGGGAAUAUAUGAAGUUAUUAUGAAGAGAAAAGCGAAUGUACUGGUGUUUUAUGGAGAAAUCCAGGCCAUAAUCCUUUGGAGAACAUUCCUAUACAUCCCAGCGACAGUUAAUCCUAAAGGUAAAGUGUGGAUUAUGUCAGCCCAAAUUGAUAUUAUAGCUUUUAACUUUCAUACGCAAUGGGAUUUUGAAGUCUUUCAAGGUGCUAUAGCCUUCGCAAGUCAUUCAAAUAUACUCCCGAGAUUUCAACAAUUUCUUCUGGGAAGAAAUGUUUUCAGGGCCAAAGAAGAUGGUUUUAUCAAGGAGUUCUGGCAAAAUGCAUUCAAAUGUAAAUUCCCAAAUUCUAUGGUGGGUGAAAUGGAAGCAGAAAUCUGCACCGGAGAGGAGAACCUGAGCGACCUUCCUGGUGGGUUUUUUGAAAUGAGCUUGACUGGUCACAGUUACAAUAUCUACAAUGCAGUCUAUGCUAUAGCACAUGCUUUGCAAGCCAUGCAUUCUCUAAAAUCAAAACACAAAGCAAUGGUGGAUAGAGGGAGCCUGACACUUCCAAAUGAACAACUAUGGCAGCUGCAUCAUUUUCUCAGACGUGUCUCUUUUAACAAUAGUGCUGGAUAUGAGGUUUCCUUUGACCACAAUGGGGACUCGGUGGCUGGAUUUGAUGUCAUAAACUGGGUCUUUUUCCCAAACCAAUCCUUUCGCAAAGUUGAAGUUGGAAAGAUGGAUUCCCUGCUUCCUCCAGAGGAAGCAUUCACCAUUAGGGAUGAUGUCAUCACUUGGCACACCUGGUUUAAUCAGGUGCUGCCCCUCUCUGUGUGUAAUGACUAUUGCCAUCCUGGUUACAGCAGGAAAAAGAAGGAGGGGGAACCAUUUUGUUGCUACGACUGUGCCCCAUGCCCAGAAGGGAAGAUUUCAGACCAGAAUGACAUGGCUGACUGCAUUAAAUGCCCAGAAGACCACUAUCCAGGCAAAAAACAUGAUUCAUGCAUUCCUAUGGAUAUAAGCUUUUUGUCAUAUGAGGAACCUUUGGGAAUCAAUUUAGCCAUUUUUUCUCUUUCCUUUUCUUUAAUCACAGUGCUGGUACUAGCAACAUUUGUGAAGCACCAAGACACACCCAUAGUCAUAGCCAACAACCGAAACCUCACCUACACUCUCCUCGUCUCCCUCCUGCUCUGCUUCCUCUGUGCGUUGCUCUUCAUUGGACAGCCUCAUACGGUGACAUGCCUCCUCCGACAAACGGCUUUUGGCAUCAUCUUCUCAGUGGCUGUUUCCUGUGUGCUGGCCAAAACCAUCACUGUGGUUCUGGCUUUCAUGGCCACCAAACCAGGAUCCAGUAUGAGAAAAUGGGUAGGGAAAAGACUGGCCAACUCCAUUGUUCUUUCUUGCUCCCUUAUCCAAGCAGGCAUCUGUACGGUGUGGCUGGCAACCUCCCCACCAUUCCCAGAUGUCGAUAUGCACUCUAUGAGUGAAGAAAUUGUACUUGAAUGUAAUGAAGGGGCACCUAUUCUGUUUUAUUCUGUGCUUGGGUACCUGGGUUUCCUGGCCAUUGUCAGUUUGGUGGUGGCUUUCCUAGCCAGGAAACUGCCUGACAGUUUCAAUGAAGCCAAAUUCAUCACUUUCAGCAUGUUGGUGUUUUGCAGUGUUUGGCUGUCCUUUGUUCCCUCUUACUUGAGCACCAAAGGGAAAUACAUGGUAGCUGUGGAGAUUUUCUCUAUCUUAGGUUCCAGUGCUGGGCUGCUAGGCUGCAUCUUCUUCCCCAAAUGCUAUAUUAUUGUCAUGAAGCCAGAGAUGAAUAACAGGGAACAGCUAAUGAAGAGACCAAGUAAAAGCACUUAA